AUGUUGUCGGCUCCCGUUAAAUCGGCGAAGCGCAUCUCGUCUCUGUUCUCUCUGGGCAGCCACAAGGACCAGAAUUCACCUGGUCCCUCACCCGGUCCAUCCCCUAGUUUCAAUCCAUCCGACUCUGCAAGUGACCGCCGAAAACGCAGCAGUUCCCGACCAACUCGUCACGUCUCAACUCCCAAUGCUGUCUUCUCUAACGAACCUCGAACCGUCCCCAAUGCGCCCCUGGAUUUCGACUUGGAGAGUCUUCCGCCACCUCCCUCGUUACUUUCCGUGAACCAUGAUCUGGCGAGCAGCGCGCCCAGCUCUCCGACUACUGGACGACCACAGAGCAGGGGUAGGGAAAUGAGCCGUCCCUCCAGUUCCGCGGGUUUGGUGAUUCCGGGCGCUGCACCGGACUCGAGACCAGGUACCCCAUCGAAGCGAAGGAGUUGGAUGCCGGGAAUGGGUGCUCGGUCACGAGCCAGUUCAAUGGAUAAGCGGCCGUUGGCACCAUUGCUGCCAAGCGCUUGGAUUGCUGGAUUAGACCAAAAGGUGGUAUAUGAUCUUGGACCACUUAUAAGAGGCGAACAGAUCCAAGAAUUGUGGAACGAGCAAGGUGAUACAUAUGUCUACUUGUUUCCUCAAAACACCGGCCGUUCGCCCUCCUUCAAAGUCGAUUCAACAAUCUUUGCCGAAUCUCCCUCUCUCACAUACCUCGCCCGCGGCACAGAUGCGAAAACGAAUGGACUCGAACAGCCAACUCGCACCCUCUCCCUCAUGAGCCCGAUAUCUCCUCCAUUGACCCCGCAGGAACGGUUAGCAGACAAUGACAACGAUAGCUCGGGCAGCCAACGUAUGGCUUUCGACGAUGGUGCAGAUGAGGUCCAGGAAAUCCACCUCUACUUGCCGAUUCCCCUCGACAGCGACGUAUCCAACCCACAAUGCCGCUUGACCCAACAAGACUCAGAGACCCUGUUGUUGUUCCGCAAUCUGUUUGCUUUCCUACUCGGCCAAUCGCUCAUUGCCAGCCCCAAGUCUUCAUCCCUCUUCAGCAUUUUCAUGGAUGUUGCUGUUCUCCUGGCUCGAUUCGAGUUCUCCAACCUGGAUGGCUCCAACUUUGGUGAAACCGCCACUUCCAGUUUCAGCAACUACUGCGAUGAACUGCGUCUUGCCGAUGUUCGCAAAAGUCGCGAGAAGACAAUUGAGGCUAUUGUUCUUGGUGAGCGGCUACGUUACUUCCCUCUCUACGUGGAGGGAUUUGUCCACGGUGUUGGAAAGUUGGACGAGAUCAAGCAGCUGCGAAGCCCGAAAUUCACCUUUAUUCACCCAGUGACGCAAAAGCGCCUGGAAAGAGGUUUCAUCGAUCUCGACACCCGCCUGCGUGGUUUAUACUCCAAACUGGAGGAUUUCGAUUUCCCAUCCGUCUUCUCCGGAUUCGCAAACUCCACAACUUCCAUCGAAAGUAAGGUCAUCCGAUUCAAGAACUGGAAGGCUAGCUUCCUCGAAUUCCGUCGCUUCACCAUGCAGUUCUACAGACAGAAGUACGGCAGCUGGCCUCCUAAGGCUCGCUCAAAGAAGAACGAAUUUGAAGAGAGUGGAUUGAACCGUCAGCUCUUGCUGGACUUGUAUCAUGACUUCACUGAUCUCUACGACCUGCUUGUUGACCGCUCCGCUCUCACAACCCGUACCAUCGAUGCGUCCGGCGCGGGCGGCGACAGCUCUUCUACGGACAUCAAGGAUGUGACUGUUCGUGCCCUCCGACACGUGCUCAGCGAGUACGAUCGUAGCACUCCACCUGUCCUCCCCCCAAUUCCGUUUGAUGUUCCUCGGGUGCCUUCGUUGCAGGUUCUUCACCGAAAACCCCUAGAAGCUAAGAAGGAGAGCAAGUUGCGAACCAAGAAAUUGAAGAACUCUGACAUUAACGCUGUUCUGAUGGAUUCCUACACCCGCGAGAGCAUGCGACCCACCACCUUCAUCGAAAGCUUCAUGCAAUUUGAGCGUCGCCAAGCGGCCGGCAAGAAUCUCGAUGACAUUAUUGAUCUGCGCUCCGGUCAAUGGAUUUUCCUUUACGCUGUUAUUCAAUCCCUCCCUAUGCUGGUUGUUGAUGUUCCUGAGAUUCGCUACAAUGACGCUGUUGAGUACUUCCUUUGCAUUGCUCCUCGUGGUGGCGCACCCUGGAUUCAGAACGACACCAAGACCGCUCGCAGCUGGUUCGGUGUCGCAGGUGGUGCAGGUGUCGUCAGUCUCCCCUCUGAUGUGGUUAUCAACGGUGUGGAAGGUGUCUAUCGCCGUAGUCACUGCUGGCAGGUGGCUGAACAAUGGGCCGAGGACGGUGCUCUUAUUGGGCCCUCUGCGCCCGUGGAAGAUGGUUGGGAAGAGAAUGAAUCUUCCAUCUCAUCCCCUUACCAAGCUCAGCAGUCCUCGACUGGAUCCUCUUCAGAGCAACAACCUGGUCAUAUGCAAAUUCCUAACGGUGGCUUAACACCACCUCCUCCCGCCAUUCCCCGGCAACGCUCUCCCGCCGCCGGUGCACGGGCAGAGCACCGUCAUUCCAUCUACCCUGGAUUGGAGGCCCUCCCCCUGCCUGCUGGUAUCGCUCCCAUUGAACCCCCCGCUCGCCCCAUUAGCCGCUUCAACCCGAACAUGAGUUUCGACGAUAUCCUCCGGGAAGUCCCUAAGAAGGACAAGGGCCGCAAGCACUAA